AUGGAAAAUAUACUUGCACUGGAUAAAAAGCGUAGGGACAUUGAGAUUGAGAUCGAAGCGCUCAUAGAUUUUUUAAACAGUGACGAAUGUAAAAAUGUAGGUCUCAAUAAGCCUUUAGUUGACGAAGAACAGUUCCCUCUAAGUGGUAUCGAUAUAUAUGCAAUCAGAGAGGCACGAGGUCGCGUCGCUUGUCUGAAGAAUGACUACGACCAGAUGACUCUAGAGAUUGAGAAGGGGCUACAUGAAUUACACAGUAAACAUCGCAAAAACUAG